GACACUGGAUGACCGGUUGCAGGUUUCUGGGCACAAGGGAUAUCCUCAUCUUAUUUGUUGCCGAUUGUGGCGUUGGCGUGAACUGCUGACCCAACACGAACUUCAAGCUCUCAAUCACUGUCAGUACGCAUUUGAUCUAAAAAAGGAAGAUGUCUGUGUAAAUCCUUACCACUACACUAAGAUUAAAGCUCCAAGCGAGACGGACACCGAAAUUGACCAUAACCUUGUUUUGAGAAUAACUAAAAUAAUGUUCAGGCUACUACUAGACUAGGCAAGCACCGCAACCCCAAUCUUAUAGAAAUGGAGUGGUUAUUGAAGAUCUGGCUCGAAGACCAAAACCAACAAAAUGUUCCAGUGAGGCUUUAUUUUAUUCAGAAGUUGGCAAUGGAGUUGUAUAAGGCAGUAGUGCAGAAGAGAGGGGAAGGUAGUGGAAGUGAACCAUUUGUAGCCAGCAGAGGCUGGUAUAAUUGUUUCAAGGUUCGUGCAAAUUUGCACAACCUCAAGUUACAGGGUGAAGCUGCUAUUACAGACAAGGAAGCAGCAGCAGGAUUUCCUACUUGUUUGGCUGAGAUCAUUAGAGAUGGAGGUUAUACUGCUGAUCAAGUUUUCAAUAUGGAAGAGACAGGCUUAUUUUGGAAGUGUGUGCCCGAUCACGUGUGCAUGUCCGAGGAGGAGCAGACAGCACCAGACCAGAAAGUCAGUAAAAAGAGAGUGACUGUACUUCUUGGAAGCAAUGCCAGUGGUGACUUCAGGCUGAAGCCCUUGUUAGUGUAUUUGAAUGAAAAUCAAAGGGCACUUAAGGGAAUUUUCAGGUCUCAGCUCCCUGUCACUUGGAAGGCUAACAAGACAGCCUGUGUUACUGUUUCUAUCAUUGAGAAAUGGCUUAAUGAUCACUUUUUUCCGGCAGUUAAGAAGUAUUUGGAGGAGAAGGGUCUGGAAUUUAAGGUCCUGCUGGUGUUAGACAAUGCCCCUGGUCACCCUACUAAAAUGAGUGAGAUUUAUCCCAAUGUGGAGGUAGUCUACCUUCCACCAAACUCUGCAUCGCUGCUACAACCGAUGAACCAGGGAGUCAUUGCUAGCUUCAGGGCUUACUACACCAGGAGGACAUUUCACCAUGUCCUCACGAUCGUCGAAGAGAGCUGUGACAAGUUGAAUGUCAAGGAAGUCUGGAAGAAGUACAGUAUUUUAGAAGCUGUCAAGAACAUUGAGAGUGCUUGGAAAGAGGUCAAGAUAUCAAAUUUGAAUAGGGCCUGGAAAAAACUGUGUCCAAAUUUUGUGAUGGGCGUUGAGAAUCGAGAGUGUCUUAAUGUUGUUAGAAGGAACAUUGUUGAGUAUAGCAAGAAGCUCAAUUUGGAGGUGGAAGCUGAGGAUGUGAACAAGCUGCUGCAAUCCCAUGGAGAGGAGUUGUCAGCAGAGGACCCCAUUGAGAUGGAGAAGCAGAUGAUCGAGGAGGAGGAGGAGGAGGAGAAGGAAGAGGCACCAGCCACAAAGCCCAGUGCUGAAUGCUUGUCACAAGCUUUGGCCCUCUUUAAGCAAGGGCUGGUAAUGAUCAAGGACCAGGAUCCGAAAGUGGAAAGAUUCACAGAGUUUGAAAAAGAAAUUCAGUAUGCUCUAACCUUUUACAAGAAGACUGUAAGCGAGAAGCAGAUGAAAGGAAGCGUCCAAUCUGAGCUAGAGAAUCAUGGCUUUAAGAGUAAUUCUCCAGCACCAAUCGCCACUCUUAACCACGUAGGAAUUCUUCACAGACUGAGCCACAGCCCUUCAAGUGAUGAUCCUCCACUGAUAGAACCAGAUGACCCACUGGCCUUUCCAGCUCUGUCUGUUAUGGCCUCAAAGACACAGAGACCUCUAGGUGAAGAUGCUAUCAACACACUUCUGAUUCAAUUUGAAAGUGACGUUGAGGACAACUUGGAGGUUCAGUCUGAGGGCAAGGAGGAGGAGGCAUUCGCCAUCUUUGUGGAAGAAGAGGAUAUGGAUGACCCGAAUCAGGGACAAACUGAGUUAGAGGGAGAUGAGGAGAGGGAAGAGGAGGCUACACCUGGACCCUCAACCUCUCGGGAUGAGGACAUGCUCUCCCCGGUCGAGAUUAGGAGCAGGAAGAGGAGGAGGGGUGACCUCCAGCCAGCCUGGGGAGCUCCUAUACACCGCAUUGGAGCUGAAGUUGUUGAGGCUUGUGAUGGGACCAGGUGGUGGAGAGAUCCCAAAGCCUCCCUCCCCCCUUUGUUUAUGUCAAGGAUUGAACCAGGGGGUCCCACUGAUGCCACCGCAGGGGUGGUAAGAGUGAGCGACAUUUUCUCGCUCUUCUUGUCUGAUCACAUGCUAGCAGAGAUUGUUGUGCAUUCCAAUGAGCAACUAGCCCUUUUGAGGAGUAAUUAUCGUCAUAAGGACAAUGUUGCCCUCAGGGACAUGGACCUGAGGGAACUGAAGGCGUUCAUUGGGAUCCUGAUAAUGUCGGCAGUGAGGUCAGACAAUCACGCCACAACAAGUGACAUGUGGGACAUUCCAGAGGGCAAUCCUUUGUAUAGGUGUACAAUGAGCGAGCAUCGUUUCACCCUGCUGACGAGAGUUAUUUGUUUUGACGAUUCAGCCACCAGAACGGAGCGAGCAAGGGACAGAUCGCCUUGCCCCAAUUCGAAAAGUCUUCGAUCAUGUGGUGGCUAAUUGUCGGAAGAAUUACUCCCCAGGGCCCCAUCUCACUGUUGAUGAACAGCUUGUCCCAUUUAAGGGCCGCUGCCCCUUUAAGAUGUAUAUUCCGAGCAAGCCAGCCAAAUACAGGAGAUGUUGAGGUGUUGUCAGACUAUGGAGAGGAGCAGGAGGAGGAAGAUCCUGAUGCAGUGCGUGAGGUAGAGCCUGAAGGUGAGCUUAAGCGCAAGGCGGAGCAUGACAAACAAGCUAGGUGUAGAGUUGGAACCAGAAUGGGACUUGGAGCAAGAGCCAGAGCAUCAUUCAAAACUGGAGCCAACAUCACUUCCAAGAAAGGAUGAACUGUCUCAGAAAGGAGUGAUUUCUUCCUCAGUACUACAUAAAGAUAUAAAGUCUUUGGGAGAAAAGGAUUUUGACUUCAGCUGCAGGCAGCAUGCCAGAGACAACAUUGCAGUCAAAAAAGCUGAAGAUGAAUAUCGCCAAAAUGGGUUACGAAGAUGAACCC